CGGAGUCUGAACAGCGGCUCAGGAACUGCUUGCUGGAGUUUGGACUGCGAGCAGCCGGGAACUGAGCUCUUGUGUGCCUCCUGCUAUAUCACGUUAGUUUCUCUGAAACUUUCACCGUCCUCCCCCUUUGACACGAAGUAAUGGACUAUUAAGGAGACUUUUAACAAUUCCUCAGCAACAACUUAAAAGCGAGCAGUCUGACGCACCGCUGUCCUCACAUCAGCCACAUCCUCAACAUAAACAGCCAACAUGGGCAAGCAGAACAGCAAGCUCCGUCCCGACGUCAUGCAGGACCUGGUGGAGAACACGGACUUCACCGAGCACGAGAUCACCGAGUGGUACAAGGGCUUCUUGCGAGACUGCCCCAGCGGCGCUCUUUCCAUGGAGGAGUUCAAGAAGAUCUACGCCAACUUCUUUCCCUAUGGUGAUGCCUCCAAGUUCGCUGAACACGUGUUCCGCACAUUUGACGCCAAUGGAGACGGGACUAUAGACUUCAGGGAGUUCAUCAUUGCCCUCAGCGUCACCUCACGUGGCCGGCUGGACCAGAAGCUGAAGUGGGCAUUCAGUAUGUACGACCUGGAUGGGAAUGGAUACAUUAGCAAGGCAGAGAUGUUGGAGAUUGUAACGGCUAUUUACAAAAUGGUUUCUUCUGUGAUGAAGAUGCCUGAGGACGAGUCCACACCUGAAAAACGCACAGAUAAGAUCUUCAGGCAGAUGGACACAAAUAGAGAUGGUAAACUGUCCCUGGAGGAGUUUGUGGAAGGAGCAAAGAACGACCCCUCCAUUGUACGACUGCUGCAGUGUGAUCCCAGCAGUGCUGGGCAGUAGGAAACUGGACUCUUCCCACUGAUAAAUUAACACAUUUUCAAAAUCUCCCCCAUCUGACCCACCUGAGAUGUUUUUUUUUAAUUAUUAAUUCUCUAACUUGACCCUUAGAGGCACAUGAACACAGACCUUCAGCUGUACAUAUGACAAAUAGUGAAGCCUGGUGCAAAUUUAAUCAUGCAAGCAUGCAAAUGUUCAAUUUUUUCAUGCGCCUCUAUGCCUGGUCAAAGGUUCCACACAAACAUGGGUCUCACAUGUGUUAAAAAAAAUGAGACUCAAAAGGACUGAAUCCCGUUAAAAUCAAAGCUGUUCCUGCUCUGUUUGAGAGGACGGCCAGCGAGGAUAAUCCAGACGAAUCCAAGUUCGCUGUUUUUAUUUCUUUUAUUUGUAAAAAAAAAAAGCAUAAUUCCUGGUUCAAAGAGAAUCGUGCUUAUUUUAUCUUUGUGACUGACUUGGGUUGUUCAGUGAUGAUGGACAGAUCUUUACAAAGUAUUGCAAUGUAACUUGUCAACACUGGAAGAAAUGAAGUAUGUGAGUCUGGGGCUACAAGUGUUCUCGGUCUACGGUGUGAUUCAGAGAUUUAUUCAGAAAGAAGAACGGCGAAUUGUAGUUUUUAACCAGUAUAUAAUUUUUUAUGUAUAUUUUUGGAAGAAUGUUACAGACGAACCACAACUGACUAAAUGAAGGGGAAUCAUGCUGACUAGACUAAAACCACUUUUUAAAGUGACUUUUUAUGCCAAGUUCUGUAUGUGUAUGUACAUGUAUACAUACACAUCCCACAAGUACACACAUUCACACAUAUUUAAAUACAUGAACUUGACAGGCAUGUAAACUGAGCUGUGAUUUUCUUUCAUCACCUAUGGUUUAACAAGUGUAUAAGAAAAAAUAGAUGUUAUAUGAAAAUAUAGUAUGUGCUUAUAUAUUCUUUUACUAUGUGACAACAUUGUGGUGAUUUACUGCAUUGUAAGAGAUUCACUUUAAAACUGACAAAUUAUUGGAAUGUGAUGACAAACAUUUGAAUUUCUUUUACUUGAUAAGUAUAAAAGAAAGUUGUACAGUAUAUUCACUCAUAUUUAUGCUAAACAUGUUUUUAAAGAAAAGGAGAGGACCACGCAUUGCUAUGCAUUUGGAUUAGAAAAUAAUUUGCUACAUUUAGCUGAUGAGGCUUUCUCCCCCCUUUUUUUUUUGCAUAAGAAAUGUCAAUACAUUUGAGUUGCUCCUGAUCUCUUCCAGUAAAUAUUUUGAAGGAAAUUGCAAACAUUCAGUUAGAGAUUGCAAGUGCAAGAACAAUCUAAAAAGGUUCGGGAAGAUGUGGAAUAAUGUUUCUUCAAUGUGCAACUUUUUUUCUUUCAUCCGAGUUAAUGCUACUGGAAUGGUUAACAGGUUUUUUGAGAAUAUGAUACACAGUAAGAGAUGCUUAACUGACUGAAUAAUGAACUGCUGUUCAUUGUGAAUAAAAAUUACAGGCCUCACUGUAAAUUCCAGAAAGUUCUUCACUGCUUCCAUCCUGGAUCUUUUACAAAUGUCUGGUCAUGCUAGUCUGAGAAGAUCAUGAGAUGCCGUAGUUUUCACAUCUGAUUAAAUGUAACUUUUGGGUGAAAAAUGGGAAAUAAUAAUGAUAAUAUAUAGUUGUGAUGAAUUCUCUGGGCUUCUGCACGUCAGUGAGGCGAUCAGGUACUUCGACCCUUAUUUCAUUUCAAUAGCAUCUUGUGGUCAAGUGCCAAAUAUAGAUAAAUGAAAGAAAAACAGUAUUGUAGCCAUUUAUACUGUACAGUUGUAACCUGUCGAACAAAAAAAAAAAAAAAAUUUGUCACUAUCAUUUUGUAGAUUUUGUAUUAACUUGCAUUAUGUGUUCUGUGUAGUAUGUCCAUUUUGUUAUUAAAAUAAAGACAGAAUGGGAAAAUGA